CGGACCUUUGCAACAGGUGAAGCACAUAGACCUACAGGAUAUAAAAGGCCAGUCGUAAAACGAUAGCAAUCACCACUUGUGUCUGCAGCUGGUGCGUUCACGCAAUCGUUUUUACAAGAUGAAAUUGGCCUUGAUUUGCCUAUCGAUUUUGCUGGUUGUUUCAUGCUCUCAGCAACGCCUAAAUAAAAGAUUAACAUGGCCCAUUUCCUACUAUUCACCAAGGACUUUUUAUCCUUGGCCGUAUUCCUUAGACGAUUUUCCUUUGGACUCUUUGAAUCCAUCUCCUUUGGUAUCGGACGAAGCAUUCCAGUUGGAAGAAGACGGUGCUAAAAGUGAUCAAGAUUGGCUAACGCUGGAUUCUGUUCAAUCACGAUCAGCUAAUCGUUUCCGACCGAAACUUGCCAAUUUGAAUCAAUUCCCUCCGCCUCAGCAGAGGCGUUUCUUCGGCGCUUUCAAUCCGUUUUUCGGCAACAACAAUAAUCUCUUCUCUUCUUUCGCUCCCCAAAGCUCAACACUGGUGACAAUCACGGCUUCAGUCACGCUAACAACGGCCGUGAUCAGUACGUGCAUUCCGAAUACGCAAUUCUCAGUUGGAGCUGCGAAUAUUGUCUGCGCCAGAAGGAGACGUCACGUUGCCGAGUUGAUGGAUCCAUUCGACGAUAUCGAACCCAAUUCAUUCCUUCAGACUCAAGUCUCUCCCACACAAGUUCUAAAAGUUGAACCGACUGCGAUUCCGCUGGCCAACAUCGAACGUGAACGCCGUCAAGCAGAUUUCCAGGGCAUCGUAUCAUCUAAAGAAGAUGUCGAAUCUCUUGCUAAUGAUAGCAAAGACCAGGCUAUGAUUAAUCAGCGCCAAAAUCGAGCCUUCACCGUCACUUUCUCAACGACGACCACCAGUUACUUCUUCACUUCGACUGUCGUGAGGAAGACACUGAACUUGGCCGCUUCAACUGCUCUCUCUUGCGUCCCGGUUGGUUAUCUCGUGUGCUUGUUCCAUUCAUUUUUAUUUUUUUCAGACAUGAAGUUUCUAGUUCUCGUUCUUGCUGUUGCUGUUGUAGCUGGCAACAUUUUCCAUCGGCCAUUUUCCACUCAAUUAAAGCCAUCCUGGCCAAUCGUAUCGUCUCCGGCCUACCAGCACCCUUUCUUAACUAACAAAGGUUCUUACUACCAUCAAAGCCAACCCAAGGAUUGCGAAGAAAAUCAAAAUUAUAUCUCUUUUUACGACUAUUUUCCAUUCUAUCCUUACCCUACCAAUAUUCAACAAGGAGUUUAUUCGGGACAGCCGCGAUCACCGGCAGCCAAGAAAAAUGAUCAAUCACAAGAUUGGCAAAAGAUUUUGAAACAACGUUCGCGUUGGAAUCAAAAGUUUUUCUUGCUCGAUAACGAAGCUCAAACGGUUCACGCUCUUCGCCCUUUCAAUCCGCUCGAAAUGUUCAGCUACCAUAUCAAUCAAAUCAAACCAUCUGCGCCUCUGACUCGUCCCAUCUUUGCUAGACGCAGCACUGUCUUCUUCACAAUUACAGAGACCACCAGGAAAAUAGAUGUACAAAUUUGCAUUCCGUCCACUUUGUUCACUUCUCCGAGUUUGCCAACUCAAUGCCCCACUUAUAAUCGGACGAUACGUCAUUUCAAAAGCUACGUCGAUUUAUUGGAAGGUGAAAACAUCCGGCCAUCAUCCACCAGUCCGGUGAUGCCGACCGUUUUGGAUAUUCAAUCACAAAAAUCUCCGGUUUAUUCAAUUGAAUCUUCAAAGGAUGAGGAUCUUAACGAAGAACGAGAUUUGGGUUAUUAUGAGAUGGAAGAAUUAACAAGAAGAGACAGGGCCAUGUUUGGGUGGCCAACUACAAGGACCGUGACGGUUGUGGCAACCCAGACUUCAAUCGUAACACGGGCUGUGAGCCCAAUGCAUCCCCCGAUAGGCUCUCCAACAGGUCUGCUCAUUUGCGUACCACCCGGCCUCGUCGUUUGCGUAUGAAUCAAUUGCUCGAGAAGGAACAGUUUCUUUUUGCUUCUAUCUUUAUCAUAUACAUUGUUACUUUCCGUUAUUCAGUCCAACGUGCUGCACGGCAUUCACGUUUGUACCCACACGUAAUUGUUGGAAUACACAGCGCUAGAGUAGUAUA